AUGGCGACGGCAACAGCUCCACCAAAGGACUUGAGCAUGGUAAAGAAGGAUGCGCACCCAUUUGAGCGUGCACAGCUCGAGGGUCUUAUGACGAAGCGCUUCUUCUACACACAAGCGUUCGAGAUUUAUGGCGGUGUCGCAGGUCUUUACGACUAUGGCCCAAGUGGUGCAGCUUUGCAGGCGAACAUUAUUUCGCACUGGCGCAACCACUUUAUUAUUGAAGAAGACAUGCUGGAACUUGACACCACGAUUAUGACGUUAUCGGACGUGUUGAAGACGUCUGGUCACGUCGACAAGUUCUCUGACUGGAUGGUCAAGGACCUCAAGUCAGGCGACAUUUACCGCGCUGACCACAUGGUUGAGAAUGUGCUCGAAGCGCGCCUCAAGGGCGACGAAGAAGCGCGUAUGAAGGAGGCCGGGGCCGCUGCCUCGUCGGCAUCGCCAGCGCCUGCCGAUGACAAGAAGUCGAAGAAAAAAGCCAAGUCGGUUGCAGUGAAACUCGAUGACAAUGUUGCGAAAGAGUAUCGCCACGUCCUCGCUCAGAUUGACGAUUUUGGUGGUGCGCAGCUGCAUGACCUCAUCAAGAAAUACGACAUCCGUGCGCCGGCGACGGGGAACGAAGUGUCGGAGCCGACAGAGUUCAACCUCAUGUUUGAAAGCUCGAUUGGUCCGACCGGUCAAACCAAAGGCUUUUUGCGUCCAGAGACAGCCCAGGGCCACUUCGUCAACUUUGAGCGCCUGCUCGACUUUAACAAUGGCCGUGUGCCAUUUGCUAGCGCGCAAAUCGGCAAGAGCUUCAGGAACGAAAUCAGUCCGCGCGCUGGUCUUCUCCGCGUGCGCGAGUUCACCAUGGCAGAGAUCGAGCACUUUGUCGAUCCUGAGAACAAAUCGCAUCCGCGCUUCCACGAGGUCGAGUCGCUUGUGCUGCCAUUCCUGCCGGCCCAUGUGCAGAAGGCAGGAGAGACAACGAUCUCGAAAAUGACGCUCGGUGAGGCCGUGUCAAGUGGUAUGGUCGACAACCAGACUCUCGGAUACUUCCUUGGCCGCAUCUUCUUGUUCCUCGAGGCUAUUGGGAUCAAUCCGGAACGACUGCGUUUCCGCCAGCACAUGGACAAUGAGAUGGCGCACUAUGCCAGUGACUGUUGGGACACUGAGAUCCAUACGUCGUAUGGAUGGAUUGAAUGCGUUGGCUGUGCGGACCGCAGCGCAUUUGACCUGACCAUGCAUAGCCAGAGGACAAAGCACGACCUCAUGGUGCAGGAGCCGCUUAAGGAGCCAAAGGUGUAUCAAAAGUACGUGCCAACGAUCAACAAAAAGGUCUUGGGGCCCUUUUUCAAGAAGAAUGCCAAGGUGAUUGAGGACACCAUCCUGUCGAUGGGUCAGGAAUGUCUGCGGAAGAUGCAGAAUGAUCUCGAGUCCAGCGGCAAGGCACCUCUUCAAGCGAACAAUGAGACAUUUGAAGUCACGAAAGAGCACGUGCAAAUUGAGUACAAGACGAUCAAAGAGAGCGUGCGAAACUUUAUUCCGAAUGUCAUCGAACCUUCGUUCGGUCUGGGCCGCAUUUUCUAUGCGCUACUUGAGCACUCAUUCUGGGCCCGCGAGGAGGACAAGGAGCGUGGUGUUCUGAGUCUGCCACCGCUCGUCGCUCCAUUCAAGGUAUUGAUCGUCCCAAUCAGUUCGAAUGAGCAGCUUUCACCGAUGGCGCGCGAUAUCAGCAAGAAGCUGCGCUCGCUCAACAUUGCCUCUCGCAUUGAUGACAGUAACGCUACGAUUGGUCGCCGUUACGCACGCAACGAUGAACUGGGCACGCCGUUCGCUUGCACUAUUGAUUUUGCUUCCGUAAGCAAAGGCACCAUCACACUGCGCGAGCGCGACACGACGCUGCAACGGAUUGGCACCGUGGACCAAGUCAUUGACGUCGUUGCGCGCCUGUGCAGUGGCCGACUUGACUGGAAUGGCGCGUGCCAGAUCCUCCCUGCUUACACAGGCACACAGGAUAUCGAAGCCGAAAAAUAG